GACACCGCGUGUCAGAUUAGGGUUUCAACUUUCUGUGCAAGUCAAGUCGAAGCACGUGAGAUGCCCCCCAGAAAAAGUAAUCGAUGUUUCAUUGCUGGCCUUGGCGGCUUCCUAGCACUGUAUAGCACUGCAUCAGUGCAUGCAGCCUUGAAGCAGCUGAGCCCGUUCAGCAACAGGGUUCUGCGUGCAAGCAGUCAAAGGGCAGGGGGAGACCUGCCUUUCAACAUUUGCGGCACAUGCGCUAUGUCUCCAGAUGUGGAGAGAACAAUGCACUUCCAGAGCAACAGAAAGAAACACGUUGUGGAGCGUUUGAAGGAGUUUGGGUUGGACAUCACUGGAGUGCCCCGCUAUGAGAGUGUUGGGAAAUUAUUGCAGAGGAAUGUGGGCAAGGUGCGAGUUGUUCAUGGGCGGCCCUUUCUCAUUGACCGGCGGGGUGCACUGGAGCCACAUGUUCGAGUGUGGAAGCCUAAGGACGAAACGGGCCAGGCCCAGGUGUUUGAAGUUUUGGCGACACAAGAUAUCAACGCCAGUGCCGACACAGUGUACAGCAUCCUAGCAAACCACGAGAACUCCAAGAACGUCUUCCGCUCAAUUGCUGGAGCCAAGAUUGAACACAAAGACGGGAAGAAGCUUUUGCACCAACGGCAGCGGUGGAAGUGUAUGAUGUUCAAUGGAACGUUCCUGUCUCAGCUUUGGGUGAAUGAGGACCCUGUCAAGAGAUCAAUCACAUUCGACUUAGCUAGGCCGGGGUUCAUGCAAGACUUCAAUGGUAUGUUCCAAGUGGAACCGGUAGGUCCCGGAGUAGGAGACAAGCACGCUGGAAGCACUUCGCGGUUGACGCUCAAGCAAAGGGCCCGCCCUUCAAUAGCUGCCCCAGGUCCGGCAGGAUUCUAUGUACAGCAUAUUUUAACUUCUCUAGUACACGAAACAAUGAACGACAUUCAAACUUACACGGACGCUUUCGUGAAGAAUUUAAAUCAAAGCAAAGGGAAGGAACAUAGCUGAGGGUGAUUACCGUCUUACAUAUAGCGAGGAGUUCGAAACCUGUACAUUUGCGAUUCUGGGACAUAGAAAAGAGCUAGUCAGACAUAUUCCGAAUUUGUAUAUCUGCGAUUGUAGUCCGUGUUGGGAUAUUUUUUGUUGUCAAUGCACGCAGAUCUGAGUUGUUUUGAAUUGAGGCUUUGCUUCAAGGUUACUUCGAGCAAUAAAUGACAUGUUAAAACAAUAAUUCGUGCUCAUUAUUAAUUUGCCAUUACCGUUUCUCUCAUUGAUCGCCGGACAAGACUUACAAUCGUAGCGAGCUGUAGAUUCAACAAACUAUCCCGGGACUGCCAAAGACCGUGCUCCAUGGCUCUAAUGUGGCUAAGGGCGUUAACAAAUGAGAAGUCACCAUCGCGCGAUAUAGGCACUCACUCGACAAGAGCUUUGGGAA